AUGGCAAGUCAAGCUCGUCAAAACUUCCACGAAAAAUGUGAAGAAGCAAUUAAUCGCCAGAUCAACAUGGAACUUUUCGCUUCCUACAGUUAUCUCUCAAUGGCUUUUCACUUUGAUCGAGAUGACGUUGCGCUUCCUGGAUUAUAUUCUUAUUUUAAGAAAGCUUCUGAUGAAGAACGUGAGCAUGCAAUGAAGUUUCUAGAAUACCUGAAUAAAAGGGGAGGAAGAAUAAUUUUGCAAGACAUCAAAACACCUCAAUAUCAAAAAGAGAUGACAGCUCUUGACGCAAUGGCUAAAGCUCUUGAAUUGGAGAAGGAAGUGAAUGCAAGCCUCUUGGAGAUUCAUGGAAUUGCUUCUUCUAACAAUGAUGCUAACAUGUGCGAUUUCUUAGAAAGUGAAUUCUUGCAAGAACAAGUAGAUGGAAUUAAAGAACUUUCUGAUCAUGUUACAAAUUUGAAACGAGUCGGCGAAGGACUCAUAAAAAGAUGUUAUCAAUGCAGAUCGCGUGGUGAUCUCGGGAGCUGUAAAGAUCCUUUCAGAUUCAACGCAUCGCAUAUAGAUACAGAGCCUGGCGUAACAGCCGUUCCCUGUGCAAGUGGUUGGUGUGGUAAAGUAAUGGAAGGAGAAACGGGAGCGUUUAGAGAGGAUGACUUUGACUUGGCAACGCAGAGAAUGUGUGUACAACGUGGACCAGAUGACAAUGAAGAUCGUUGUGCAAAUACUGUUUAUAAUCAUAAAAAAGUAUUCAUGUGUUUCUGUCAAGGUGAUUUAUGUAAUGGAUCAACAAUGAUUCACUAUAAUACAUUAAAAAUAGUUUUAACUUCAACAAUUUUUCUGAUUACGCUUCAAAUAUAUUUUUUACGAAAUCGAUAAUUCUCUUAAGUGCUAUACUUAUCUUCUUAAUUAUAGCAUAUAAAAUAUAAAGUUAUAAAUAAUUCUAAACAAAUAAAAUUUGCUUAUGAUGAUUUUUGAGACAAUUGCACUUGAUUUUAAUUCAGGAAAAUUGAAGCUGUUUCAAUGAAAUUAAGUUGUGCAAUUAUGAGAAAGGCGUUUAAUAUUUAUGGUUGGAUGUUAAUUACUCUGGGUGUUUACUAACUGUUAUAAAUACAAAUUUACCUUUAGUCUUAAAUUUAGGUGAAA